UCUCAGCCUUGCGCAACCCUCUAGCAUUCUCACUUUCUGCGCUUUUCGGCGCUUGUCUCUUUUUCCUUCUCUUGCUCUUCUUGUGCGCUGAGUCUGUCUUUGCUUGCUUCUUUUCUUUGCGCUCUGAAGAAACAUUGGGUUGCUCAUGGAAAGUUGCUUUUCAGACUCUCAGACAACACGCAUUGGGGCCAACCAAAGUCGCCUGUCUCAAUCAAGUACAGGCGCGUGAGCGCGAAGGGCCUACGCAUAAGCUGCGGCGAAAACUGCCCAGGUGUAACAGGUUCAAGAGAGGCUGAGGGUGUUGAUGUCUUCGGUGAAAGAAAAGCACAGUCGCAAAGGCCAGGGAAGUGAACUGUUAACUUUUGCAGGAAGGCUUGCGAACGCUUUUGGGAAGCUUGUGGCAGCUUGCGAAAUCAGUUCUGGCACCUGUCCGCGAAAGCUUGCGAAAGUGUUCUUGCACAGAAUGCAGUGCGCAAAAGCCAGUCACAGGCCACAGCGGCCGCAUUUCAAUUCUAGAGGGCGGUUGCAAGUUGAACAAGACACGGGCGAUGCAUGGUUGCAUGGCUCUCUGCAGGCAGUUUUCUUCUUGAGAUCUUGGCUGGUGCUAAUAUGCGUGAAGGCCGCCGUUGCGCGAACGGACAGGAUUUCCACUCAGAAACUUUGAUGGCGCCAGAACUGUAGUUAUAUAGCCACUGUUUAGCCCAAACUGGUUUGGGCGGUGAACAUUCCAUCCAAGGAAGACCGAGCUUGUGAGCUCAGAGAGACGGCUAGCCACAUCAAACAUGCGUGCAGUACCAUGGGCCUUCAGCCCAGGAAAGGGCUGGACACUUGCCGGCGAACCAAAGAUGCAGCAAUCACACCGAAAGGAAGGGCUACAGCUUCAUUCGGUCGAAAGGAGCAACCGAACAAUUUGGCAUGGAUGUGUUCCUUCAUUCAGCACAAAGGGGAAGUUUCCAACUAAAUGAUCAGGUAUGUUUCGCAGUAUUGCUGAACAAGGAUGGCAAACCUCAAGCUUUUGACUUGACUAAGCCAACCGAAGCGGACCUGAAACGGUGGAGCAAUGAUUCCGCCCCUGACACUCCAUCAGGCCCUGUUGAGGCUUGGGUUCCCGCCGGUGAAGUCUGGACACCCAAAGCAAGCUGGAACGCUCAGGAGCAGGCGGCUGCUUCGGGAGCAGAAAACAGAUAUACUGGCACGAUUUCAGAUUUCAAGCCUGGACUCUAUGGUUUCAUCAAAUGUGCCGAGCUUUUCGAGCAGACACAGCAAAACGUUUGGGUUCAUCACAAGCAGAUUCACAGCUUCGAAGUAGGCGAUACUGUGACAUUCACUGCUAUCACCAACAAGAACGGUCAACCGCAAGCUAUUGACCUAAAAAGUGCCAAAGGCCAUGUGGUACCAGCACGCCGACCAAUGCAGACAAGAUAUGUGCCUGCAGUUCCAAAGGCGGCAGGUGCAGAACACAAGACUGCAAGUCGUGAGCAACCUGCCGCCAAGAAUUUGCCUGGUCCGAUUGGGGCACGAAAGCGACUGCAGCAAGAUCUCACUCCAGUUCAAGAUUCUGAUUUGGUUGGGAGUCGUCAUUGGGGAACCAUCACGGCUUGGAGGCCUGGAGGCAUGUAUGGCUUUCUCAAAUGUGAGAAGAUCUUUGCAGCUUUCGGGAAGGACUGCUGGGUGCAUCAUCAGCAGAUCGCUGGCUUUCGUGAAGGUGACUGGGUCAGCUUUACUUUGAUUCUCAACAAGGAUGGCAAUCCGCAGGCAGUCGACUUGAGUUCUACAGGCAAACGCGUUCGACAAUGAGGUCGAUUAAGUGGGCGUCGCUUGAAAAA